GGAGGGAAAGUUCAAAAUUGCACCAACAGGACCAGUAAGACUACAGGAAGCAGCGAGAUACAAUGAUCAGACAAGCGAAGGGUAAAACCCCCCGCAGGCCUCCUCCAAAAAAGCCUUCAAGCAACCAGAAAGACCCGGUGGGGGUGUACUGCCGUGUACGACCUCUGGGUGUGGAGGACGAGGAGUGCUGUAUUGAGGUGAUCAGCAGCACCACCAUCCAGCUGCACGCCCCUGAAGGCUUCAAAACAAACCGCAAUGGAGAGUACAAAGAGACUCAGUAUUCCUUCAAAAAAGUCUUCAGAGUUUCAAUAUCUCAGAUGGAGCUGUUUGAGGAUGUUGCCAAACCUCUUGUGGAUGACCUCAUCCACGGAAAAAACGGUCUGCUCUUUACGUACGGGGUCACAGGAAGUGGAAAGACGUUCACCAUGACGGGCUCUCCAGGCCAGGGCGGACUACUACCUCGCUCACUUGAUAUGAUCUUCAACAGUAUAGCACCCUAUCAGGCCAAAAGAUAUGUUUUCAAGACAGAUGACAAAAAUGGUGUGGAGGUACAGAGUGAAGUUGAUGCUUUGUUGGAGCGCCAAAGACGGGAAAACAACUUGCCUGUUCCUAAAACAUCCUCCUCCAGACAAAAGCUUGAUCCGGAAAUUGCAGACAUGAUUAAGCUGGAGGAGGCUUAUAAAACAGAUGAUGUGGAUGAGGACAGCAGCUACAGCGUCUUCGUCUCCUACAUAGAAAUCUACAACAACUACAUCUAUGAUCUCCUGGAGGAAACUCAAGAAGAUGCAAUCAAACCAAAGUGGAAUGGUGGAGGCACACCUGUGCGCCAGAACACUGAGUUCAUACCACCUCAGUCUAAAAUCCUCAGGGAGGAUCAGAAUCACAACAUGUAUGUGGCUGGUUGUAUGGAGGUAGAAGUUAAAUCUGCAGAGGAGGCAUUUCAAGUGUUCUGGAGAGGCCAGAAGAAGAGGAAGGUUGCAAACACCCGUCUGAACAGAGAAUCCAGUCGCUCCCACAGUGUGCUCAUUAUUAAACUGGCCCAGGCCCCUCUUGACGCAGAUGGCAACAACAUUCUCCAGGAUAAAAGCCAGGUGACAGUCAGUCAGCUGUGCCUGGUGGACUUAGCAGGAAGUGAGCGCACCGGCAGGACCGGGGCAGAAGGCACCCGUAUACGUGAAGCAGGUAACAUCAAUCAAUCUUUGCUGAAUCUGCGGACAUGCAUCGAGAUACUUCGAGAAAACCAGAUGUGUGGCACAAACAGGAUGGUCCCCUACAGAGACUCUAAAGUAACUCACCUGUUCAAGAACUACUUUGAUGGAGAGGGCAAAGUCAGAAUGGUUGUUUGUGUCAAUCCUAAAGCCGACGACUACGAGGAAACAUUGCUGGUGAUGCGGUUUGCAGAGAUGACCCAGGAGGUGGAAGUGGCUCGGCCAGUGGACAGGCCCAUCUGUGGCUUCACCCCGGGCCGUCGCCAUAGAAACCAGGCUUUUCAAGAGGAACUGUCUCGCAAGUUGGAGGGGCGUGGCGGCCCAGUAGAUGGAGAUGUGCACUCUGUUAUGAGCCACCUGGUGCACAGCCUCCCACCUCUACCCUCCUCUGUGGUAACUGACCCUCAUGAUGACAUCACCCUGCCCAGGCUGAUCGAAGCUCUGCAGAAUAGACACAGGAUCAGACAGAUGAUGAUCGAAGAAUACAACAAAGCAGCCAACGUGAUGAAGUCCAAGCUUCAGGAACUGGACAACAACCUCAUUUCUAAUGACCAUUUUAUUCAAGAACAAAAUGGCAAACUCACGGAGAAGGACAAGAUGAUCCAGAGCUCCAAGGCAGAGAUCGAACGCUUGGAGAAGAGAAUUAAGAUGCAAGAACACAAAAUUGACAUCCUGCAGAAAACCACUAAAAUCUAUGAGGAUGACAAACGUGCACUGCAGCAGGAACUGGAGACCAGAGAUCAGAGGCUGCAGAGGGAGCAGUCUGACAAGAGACGCUUGGAGCAGCGUAUGCAUGGCGUGGUCUCAGACACACAGUUCAAGUGGGAGAAAGAAUGUGACAGACGCGUUAAUGCCAUGCAGCUGGAGAUGCAAAACAAGCUCUGGGUGAAAGACGAGAAGCUGAAGCAGCUGAAGGCCAUUGUGACUGAGAGCAAGACUCCAGGUCGUCCUGAUCCUCCACCACGUCAGACGCAGCCUAAGCGGCCUUCCAGAGAGGAACGCCUCCCUGCAAAGAGAUCAGCCUCGCCCUCACCUGUCCCUUGCCCUGUUGAUUCUCCCCAUGUCAGGCCAGGGCCAGUCAGUGCCACUAGAGUUGAAGAGGUUGAAAUGAACCCAAGGCCCGCAUGCCCCGUUCCCAGCACCAGUAGCUCUUUGUCUGUGGCUAAUUACAUCUCUGCAUGGGAGCAGCGGGUGGCCCAGGACAGUACGCAUUCCCCUAGUACACCCACAAGAUCCCAGUCCGCAUCAGGUUCCUCAGCCAGCCGGGCCAGGAGGAGAGCUCUGUGUUGUGCUAGACAGCAAGAAGAGGCCAGCUGUCCUAGAUUUGAUCUAGACCUAAUUGAGAGAAGCUACAGGACGACGACACCAGUGCGACCGCUGCACCGUCGCUCCCGCUCAGCUGGCGGGGAGAAGUGGGUGGAUCACAAGCCGUCCUCCAGCAUGGACUUGGGUACAGUUUUGCAGCCCGUGAUCCCCAAUUCCAUCCAGGUGUCUGCAGCCACUGAGAAGGCCCUGUCGAAGUGUGACAGAUAUGUGUUGACACACCAGGAGGUUGCCUCUGAUGGCGAGGUACAGACCAAACUUAUUAAGGGCGAGGUUAUUAAAACCAGAGGAGGGGGACAGGCUGUCCAGUUCACAGACAUCGAGACACUAAAACAGGAGCUCACCACAGUCCCAAGGCGUAAAAGAAAGUCUUCAGAAGGCACGCCUACCCAUGGAGAUCAAACAGAUGGUGCUUGGACUGAUGUGGAGACAAGGUGCUCUGUGGCUAUGGAGAUGAGGGCUGGAUCAAACAUGGGUCCUGGCUAUGAGCAUCAUGGAAUCACCAAGCGCAGAAAACCCUAAAAGCAGCCACCAGCUGCUCCAGCAAUCACCUCCCUUGGUCCUCACCUGGCUGUUGUGCAAUAGUCUGAACUCUUAUAUUUAGCUCCUAGUAAUAUUUAAACAUUUUCAAUACUUUUUAUAUAUGCAUAAGUGUAUACACAUGGGUCACCAAAGAUAUAUUUUGUUGUAUUUGAACCAAUAAGAAAGUGUUAUUUGGUUAAGGACAGUGACAAAUAUUUAGUUACUGUGGCCCCACUGCUGAAGAGAGUGUCUGCAAUAUGUUACAUGACACAAGUCAUUGUGAAGCUGCCACAAUAAAUUUGUCUACUACAUGCCA